UCAACGUCACUAAGAUCUGCCUCUGGAAAAUACAACAUGGCUUCCUACAGCCAGCUCUGCGGUGUGUUCGCGAUGCUGUGGCUACUGCUUGGUACAUUUAUACUGCCCGUUGAGGCAUUUGACGGUGGGGAUGCUGCCGCUAUUCUUCUGGGGAUGGCGGUCACGGUCGUGGGUUUCUGUGCAUGCCUAGGCUGGUACGCACGAAGGACAAACGGACAACUGUGACAGUGAGAUGCUUCCUGAACUGUCCGGCGACAGGCCCACAGUUCAUAACUAAAGAUGCGUGUUGCUACGACCGCCUUGAUCUUUAGCGCACAUUAUAGCUGAAUGAUCCACGCCAAAUGAAUCACAAAUGACUGCUGAUUAGGUUCCACGAAAGGAGGGACAAAACUCUUUGCGCUGCUUUAAAAAUACUUUGUAUAUGGCCUAACACGAAUGGGACGAAAAGACCGACAAGACCAGGAAGCAGACAAAACAGGAAGAACGCAGGGCAUCGCAGUCGGCUGAGCAAUUAAGCGAAUUCUGAAGAUGUAUGCUUUACAAGAAACCACUGUCAACAGAGAGCCACAACAACGGUUUCGUCACGUCGAAAAGACAUUGUAUUCCUCUUCCUUCUGACAGUGUAAUAGCCGAGUUUUUUUGCACCUCGGUAUGAUGCGGAAAUUAGUGUGUUCGGAACUGACUGGGAUGUUUUCACUCAAAUACAAUUGUUUCCAUUGCAGUAAAAAAAAUAAAAAAAAUAAAUUAC